UUUGAGCGGCCAGAUGAACCGAGCUCGGCGUGCGUUACGAUGGCACGGUCUUUCCUCGCUCGCCGGUUCGUCUGUCCACACGUUUGUCGUCCACCCACAAUGUUUACGUUACGGAUUCACCUAGUUUUACCAGUAUGCCUGAUAGCGAUAGGAAUCGCAGGACUGACCAAUGCACAGCAGUUCGGAGAGAACUCUGUUGGCGAACAGGAGCAAGACUUCGACUAUGAGGAACCUGCCUCCGUUCCAUCCCGCUUCCAGGGCAAGGGACAGCUCACCCGCACCAGGACCUCCGCCCAGCCUACCACCCCCCGUGCACCCCCUGUACAGAUCUUGAAACAGAUCAACAGGCACAACGAGGACGGCUCCUACACGUACGGCUUCGAGGGCUCCGACGGUAGCUUCAAGAUCGAGACCAAGUUGGCCAACGGCGAGGUCAAGGGCAAGUACGGCUACGUCGACGACUCCGGAAAAGUGCGCGUGGUCGAGUACGGCGCCAACCGCUACGGAUUCCAGCCCUCCGGCGAAGGGAUCACCGUCGCCCCGCCCACCCUCGUCGACGAGUCCAAAUCCAAGAAGAAGAAGGUGCCCUCCGGAUCCCGGCUCCAGGGUCCCAGCCCGCUCCAGAUCGCUCUCGGAUCUCGAGACCAAGGUAUCCCCGUCUCAGAGGAGUCCUCUGAGUACGACGAUGGCCAGGACUUCGAAGACCAACAGCAGGCUCAACCUCAACCCAUUGCUCAGCCCCAGCCCCAGCCUCAGCCUCAGUUCCCGUCCCGCAACGCAGGCCGCGUAGCCAUCUCCAGCCGCGCUCGCCCAGUGGCCCGCCCCGCAGUCGCCGCCCCAGUCGCCCCCGUCCAGCGCCCCUCGGCCAACUUCGAAUUCGGCAUCAACUCCGACCAGGCCUCCUUCCAACAGCAGCAGUCCUUCGGCGCCGCACCUCAACAGCAAUCCUUCGCCCAACAGUCCUUCGCCCAGCAGUCCUUCAACGACGCCCCUAGCUCGGGCCCAGUGCCGCCCCGCGCCCAAGUCCCUGGCGCCGCCCCCGUCGCCCCUGCUGCCCCCGCCGCCCCCAUCUUCGUGCCCACCGGUCGCUCCAGGGGCCAGCCCCGACCUGCACCCCAGUUCCUCGACUUCCAGGCGCCCCAGGCCAGACAGGUCUCCCGCUCUGCCCCUAGGCAGUUCAACAGCGGUGCUGCAUCCUCUUUCGACGACCUUGAGAAGCAGUACGCUCUCCCCUCUGGAGGCUCCAACCCCACCCACGAUUUCCAGUUCGGAGCCGCCUUCUAGGCUCAUAAAAUUAUACAAGGACGAUAGUUAAGAGUUAGGGGUGGCUGCUCCCUUUAUAUGAACGUAUAUUUGCCAAACGGAGCUAUGUGCAUUAAGACAUGAGCCCUGAGACCCAUAAAAAUAUAUGCAUAACAGGGAUCACGUCAUAAUGCACAUAGUUAUGUUUUGCAGAAAUGCGUCUAUAUAUGAGAUUUGACCUUUUUAGGGAGGCAAAUGUAAUCGAUUCGAGAUUUUUGUCUCCCUCGUUGCAAAUUCUUCUUCCUUACAUCAAUUUUUGCUGCCCUACCUCUUAUACUCGACUGAAAUGACGUCCAUGAUGUGAUAAUUACCGUCAAUGAUCACUGAAAGAAAUAAGUGGCUCAAGUGAAAUUCACUCAUGAAAUGUGAAUUUGGCGACGAUGACACAAUUUUUUGUUCGUGGUCACUGGACGAUGUAAACUACGCAGAUGAGAGGUCGAACAGUAAUUUGUAAUUAUAUAUUUUCCUCGUUCGAGGAAAAUAUAUAAUAAUACAUUACGUGCGUUAAACGAGUGAUCUUCUAAACUUAAGCGAUUAAAAUAAAGGCUCAACGAAAGGUCCAGAGGGAUCUGAAAUGUAUUAACGGCAACGAAGGUCAACAAUUUUUCGUACGUUCAAAUUCUUUUAACGGGUUACAGAUUGUGGGGUGCACGUGACGUGUUACCACCAUUACGCGCGCAAUAAAAUAAUUGGGUAUACAUGCAGUUCUCUAUACCUUAAUCUGUACGUAUACAUUGAACUUGUAACUCAACAGCUAAGGGCAAUAAUUUUAGUCGUGUCAUCUGCUCCUAUGUAAAAAUAAUGCAAUUUGAAACACCCGUCGGAUUUCAGACACUCGUGCGUGCCGACAACUGCGUGUUUCUUUUUUUUGUGGUUAGCCUGAAAAAUCUCCAGAAAUCAAUCUAGGAGUAGUUUAUAGGCUUCGUAUUUGAUAGUUCAGCAUUUUGUUUUCUCUGUAGCAUGUAAAUAAUCAAUUUUUGGACUGUGCUGACAAGUAUAAUGUGAUAAUAGUGUAAUCUACUGACCUAAUAAUAUAAUCAUCCUGAGGGAUCUGAAAGGGUCUCCCGGACCUUAAGCGUAAUAAAAACGUUUACUUUUUUUGUAAAAUUAUCAUUACUCUGGUACGUUUUCUUCGAAUCACAUUUUGUUGGCAAAAAGUGGUUUGCCGAAUUCGAUGUAAAUUUUCUUCAUCACUGUCCAUUGUUAUUCUGACCGUACUUUUUUCCUGUAAAAUCACUUUUCAAAAACAUCUUUUCUAAAACAAUGAAA